AUGCCGGUCUCUGAAGACCUGAUCAACUUCGACGUGAUUGAGGCACAGAAGGAGAACGUUCAAUCUCUUCCAGGUGGAAGAUCCGCAAAGGCUCUGGCACAAAUAUUCUCAUCUGGUAGUAACGGCGACAAAUACAACACACCCUCACCGAAUGACACCCGGACCCUAAAUGACGCGAUUCGACAAGAAUACGAGGCUGAAUUGCAAGCAAGCGCCGACUCCGAUGAUCCACUCGAUGCAUAUGACAGAUACGUGAAAUGGGCCAUAAAUGCAUACCCAUCGGCACAGGCAACAGCAGAAUCCGGGCUUCUGCCAUUACUGGAACGAGCAACAAAGGCCUUUCUAAACUCAACACACUAUAGAAAUGACCCUCGAUAUCUCCGGUUAUGGCUUCAUUAUAUCAGAUUGUUCUCAGACGCGCCGCGUGAGACGUUCUCCUUUUUGGCUCGCCACCAUGUCGGGGAAGGCCUCGCCCUGUUCUACGAAGAAUUCGCCAAUUGGCUUGAGAGUGCGGGACGAUGGGCUCAGGCGCAGGAAAUCUACAAGCUUGGCAUUGAGCGCGAAGCACGUCCCCAGGAGCGCUUACUACGCAGAUAUGGCGAAUUUCAGACACGAUUAGAACAACAGCCUCAAGGCAGCGAUGGACCAUCUUCCCCUGCUCUUCCGACUGUGCGGCCGGCCUUGGCGGCAAAAGUUGACCCAUUCGCAACCGCGCGGGUUGCCGACCCUCAAGCACCUCAACCUAGAGCCUCCGGGGGUCGUGCAGCUACCAAGUCCAGCAAACAGAAGCUUGCUGUGUUUUCCGAUUCGGAUAAUCCAGAUUCUAACCAACCGCCAGUGAGCAGUUUGUCGAAAGGUUGGGAUAGCAUUGGGUCGAUUCGAGACAGGCGCAAGGAAAACGAAAUGGAAGCCAAACCUUGGGUUGGUGAGACAUUGAAGCAGGAGAAGAAACCAGUACCGGUCCAGAAAAUGGCUGUAUUCAGAGAUGAGCCCAACAAUGAGGUUUGCUUCGAAGAGCUCCGAGCCGCCAGUCGAGGAUGGCUACAGAAAGACUGGUCAACGCCGAAGAAACCACUCAAAGAGAUUCAUACUAACGCUGCUGGACGCUUGCCAUCCGAUUUGGAAGAAGGUACAGACCGAUUGCUUGCCCAAGAUGUGAAGCAAAAGCUUGUUCUUGGAGAAUCUUCACAGGAUGAUCAUCGAGAUAGGAGGUUAUCCAAAGUCAAAAAGAUUAAAGUCAAGGAGGUUGGAGAAACACAGACUAUCAAAACCAAUCUGGAUUCUCCAACCGGACCAAGGAUAAAGAAGAAGAACAACUCUGAGCCAACGAUGACCUUCCAUACUCGGGCCGCCACAGAUGAAAUUUAUAGUAUAUUCAAUCAGCCCUUGAAAACCGAAACUGAAAAUGCAGACCAUGGCGACAGCUUCUUGGAUAGUGAAUACGAGGACGACGAUUACACAAGUGGCGGCGAAAGCACCGGCACCGGCAGGAUAUCGGCAGGKCAAAGCGAAUUUGACGAUGAUGAGACAAGAGGAGUUGAUGUUGAUGAACCAAUUGACGAAGGUAGUGAACAUGAAGACGAAUGGACGGAAUUUACUGCCAGCAAACAUAUUCCCAAUGUCUCUUCUGCGGAACACGGACUUGUCGAGAAUGCGGAUGACGAAGAUUUUAAGACCAAGUACAUUCCUGAAAUACCAGACGACUACAAUCCACCUCUUGGUCCAUAUCGGGAUGCCGCAAUGAUGGCUCAAAACCGACUCCCUUUUAUGACCCCCAUUAUCGAGAAGACAGAGUCUUCCUUACCCUCCUUUACGGCCGGAAGGAAUCGGCACUACGAGACCAAAACGCCCUGCAAGACAGUUCCCGAGGUUGAUUUUACUCCGUCCGGCUCACCAGUUGGAGAUCUAUUGCUUGCCACUCCGGAUGCGGGUGCGUUGAACGCGAAUGUCGGAGAUGUUCAGUCACCUAGCCUCGGCGUGAAGACUUUACGACGAACUCCGGUCAAGCAAGUUGCGCCAUUCGCAAUCUCCAACGCUGACUGCAUCAUCAAGGAUGCCCAAUGUGAUCCAAGUGACAGAGCAAUCCGCAGCAAGAUCCUCAAGAUGAUUGAGCCGCCUCUUACAUCUUUCGCUGGCUACUAUGAUCAUUCAUCGAGCUUUGGAGCACAUGCAGCAGACAUCAUGAAAUACUCCAGAUCCAUGAAAAAACCGACAAAGGGUAGCGAGAGACUAUCGUCCACUCCCCCAGUACUAAAUUUUCCCGGCAGUGGCAGGACUUAUGCAAUCAGGCGCGAACUCGGUGCUGGCGCUUAUGCUCCAGUUUAUCUUGCUGAAAGCGGGGAAGACAUUGACUCCUACCUUUCUGAUAGCGAUACGGAAGGGAAUAACACUUCCUCUCUCAAACAAAAGCACGAGCAAAAUCUUCAGCGGCGUAGUCUUGAAGCCAUCAAACUUGAAACAGACCCUCCCAGCGCUUGGGAAUUUUACAUGAUCAAGUUGACGCAUGAUCGUAUACGUGCUUCCUCUUACUACUGUCGGGCAUCAGAGAGCAUUGUGAAAGCACAUGAGCUCCAUCUAUUCAGGGACGAGUCGUUUUUGGUAGAGGACUAUCAAGGACAAGGCACGCUCUUGGAUCUGGUCAAUAUCAUAAGGACAGAAGCUAUCACUAACACUGGGAACUCAGAGGCUGGCAUGGACGAAGCACUCGCUAUGUUCUUCUCUGUGGAAUUGUUCCGCACAGUCGAAGCGCUUCAUGCCUGCGGUAUACUGCAUGGAGAUAUCAAACCCGACAAUUGUCUAGUUCGAUUUGAGGAUAAGAAGAGCAGGUCGUCAUUGCAAUCGCCUCCAGCUGAAUCUCUCCUUGACCUCGCAGAUGAAGAUUCCAUAGCCGACCCCAGUGAAAUCCACUACUCUGCUCGUGGACUCUGCGGCUGGCGAGAGAAGGGCCUCACUUUAAUUGAUUUCGGCCGAGGUAUCGACAUGAAAGCCUUCCGACCAGACGUUCAGUUCAUAGCGGAGUGGGAGAUGAGUCAACAUGACUGCAAUGAAGUACGCGAAAUGCGACCUUGGACAUAUCAGAUCGACUUGUACGGAGUUGCAGGCACGAUUCACGCGAUGCUUUUUGGUAAAUACCUCGAAUCUGUCCCCGUCAACAACGGACGUAAUUCAUCCGGUGGACGGGUUUCAAUGGACGACGCAGAUACCAGCGCCGAUACCAACGCAGAUGGAAACUCAGGAAUGAAACGAUACCGCAUCCGUGAACCAUUCAAGCGCUACUGGGACAGAGAAAUUUGGAACGACGUAUUCGACCUUUUGUUGAACCCGUGCACAGAGCGAUGGGCAUGCAUGGAGCAAGAAGAAUCGUCGGAAUCCACAACAUCACUACCAGUCCUGCGGUCCCUGAAACACGUUCGCGAGAGAAUGGAAGCCUGGCUAGCCGUCAACGCAGAAAAGAAGAAUCUUUCUCUGCAGAUCCGAAAAUUGGAAGCUCAUCUAUCCCGCCGACGCGAGCGAUUAGAAAAGGAGCGAUGA